UUUUGCAUGACAUGAAGGGAGGAUAUCAUUUUUACCCACAUCCAUAGAAUGCAUCAUAAGAGAGUAACUGGGUCACGUGGGAUGCUCCGCUAAGAAUGCAGUGACGUGGUCAAGCACCGUCAGUGUAGCGGCGUCUGACAGACAGCUUUCACCGGCCAGCAGCUGCCUUGGCCGGCUGAGAAACACACGGCCGGUCGGUGUCAGCCCCAAGAAGCUGCAGAGGAAAGGAAACCUUUAGGAGAGCGGUAAACAGGAAGAGGCGGACCGGGCACACCGCAGCUCAGACGUGCAGAUAAUUCCGACGCGGGUUCUGCUGCGGAGCAUCGCGGAGGACCAGCCGCUCUCCCGCUGCUCCGCUCCCCGGCUCUCGCAUCCCUCCUGCCCGCCUCAUCUGGAUCAACAUGCCGGGAUACCGUGGUGCUCUAUCAUCCAAUUUGGCGUUCAAAUCGCAAACAUAAGCUCGGAGAAAACUUGUCGGUGGCCGACCGCAGCCCUGUCAGCAGCCGCAUCGGCUCCAGCAUGAGGAGGAGGAGAUUAGAGAGAGCAGACACAGAGGAGGUGACCCUCAUCAUAACCCGAAGGAAACAAGACCCAGAUCAUGACCCAGUGUUUGUCUGAAGUGCCAAAGAAGAGCCAGGGAGCAGCCUCCCUGGCCAGACAAUUGCCGCCUUCUUAGCUCCACCAAAAGUCCCUUCAGCCCUGCUCCAUGCCACACCGAGGGGUGCAAAUGUUCCCCUGACUUCACCAGGAGGCCCACUCCAACCCCAUCUGCCAGCUCAGAUAAACCUCGUAUCGUUGGCAACCACAUGUUUGAGGUGACUGCAUGUGACUGUCGCCGGCACCCGUUCUCCAGCAGCAGCUGCCUUGUGCGCCCCCGAUCUGCAUCAUGCAGUGGAGACGGCGGCACUGCUGUUCCAUCAAGAUGACCUGGACCAUCAAGCGGUCGCUUUUCCGAACCCAUGUGGCUGGUUUACUCUCCCUGGCCCUGCUCUUCACUUUCUUUUUAUUUUUCAGUCACCAGGACUGGCUGUCGGGACGCAGUGGACCUCGUGAAAAUCCACUGAGUUACACCAUCAGGGGUUUCCGCAAUCCCAAGGCAGAAGCCAACCAGAGCAGCUCCCUGAGGAGCCUGUGGAGGGAGACAGGGUAUAUAGCACCAAAGCCUCUUCUUAACCUCAGCUCUCAGCAGGCAGAUGGGGUAGCAGGAGAGGCCGGAGGAGGGGGAGGCGGAGGAGGAACCAAGACGGGUGUAAUGGGGCUUGGGGACUCCAUGAGCACGAACAAUAGUUUACAGAAGGAGAUGGGUGUAGGAGGGAAACUCAGUGCUCAGCCCUAUCGCUACAUCCUGAACGAGCCCUUCAAAUGCAGGGACAACAAACCUUUCCUCAUCCUUCUUAUUGCUGCUGAACCUGGACAGGCCGAUGCGCGCGACGCAAUCCGUCACACAUGGGGAAAUGAGAGUGUGGCGAUGGGCUUGGGGUUCGUUAGACUAUUCCUGCUCGGCACAGGAAAGAGCUCAGACACCUUCCUUCAAAGCAGCAUAGAGGAGGAAAGCCGUGUUUACCAUGACAUCAUUCAGCAAGAUUAUCAGGACACUUACUACAACCUGACCAUCAAAACCCUAAUGGGCAUGAACUGGGUGGCCACCUAUUGUCCACAUGUCUCAUAUGUAAUGAAGACUGAUAGUGACAUGUUCGUCAAUACGGAGUAUCUCAUCCAAAAGCUCCUGAAACCCGAGAUGCCACCCAAGCAGAGGUACUUCACUGGCUAUCUGAUGAGGGGCUACGCACCAAACCGAAACAAGGACAGCAAGUGGUACAUGCCACCAGAGGUUUAUCCAAGUGAGCGCUACCCAAUAUUCUGCUCAGGCACCGGGUACGUGUUCUCAGGGGACAUGGCAGAUCUGAUCUAUCAAGCCUCACUUAGCAUACGCAGGCUGCACCUGGAGGAUGUGUAUGUGGGGAUCUGCCUAGCAAAGCUACGCAUCGACCCAGUGCCCCCCCCCAAUGAGUUCCUUUUCAACCAUUGGCGUGUCUCUUACUCUAGUUGUAAGUACAGCCACCUGAUCACCUCCCAUCAGUUCCACCCCAAUGAACUCAUCAAGUACUGGAACCACCUACAGAGCAACAAGCACAAUGCCUGUAUUAACUUGACCAAGGAAAAGAACAGCAGGUACAGACACAGAAAGUUCCACGGAGAAAGACCUCCAUGAUGGACCCUGUGAUUUCAGCCCAUCUCAAAAAAGGAUGAUGGUUGCAGUGGAAUUACAGUUGAAAAGGGAAAUGUUAAACUCAGCACUAUAUAUUAUACGGAGAAAAGCACAUUGUUUUUUGUUAUUGUGUACAGUUUAUGAACCAAACUAUUUUUUUAAUUUUAAAAAAGGUAUUGCACACCUAGUGAGCAUUUCUCAAAGGAAAAAUGAGGGACGUAUCUGUAGGGUAAGGAGCAUGCACAAACAGCUACUGCCCAAGGGUGCUGUCAGUGAUUAUUUAGGUGCCAACUGAAAGGUGGUAAAUCAUGUUUUCGCAAGAGUAGUGCAGUAUGUUAUACUCUACAGAUAUUUAAAAGAUUUUAAAACAGACGCAGUUGUGUUUACACAGACAAAGGGAAAUGUACAAUGUAUAAUGUUAAAAGCUACACUACCUAAAUAUGAAUGAAUGAAGUGAAUCUCUGACGUUGACAGGUUGUGCUGCCCCGUUUCUCAGUGAUUGCUUCAAACAGCUAUCAGAGAAUACUUCUCUCAAGAGUGGUUUAUCUGUCCUAUACUCAACUUUAUUUUCAAGGAAUUAACAUGAAAGCACCAAGAAUCACAUCAGAGAUGACCGAGAUUGUAUUUUUUCAACCUUUACAUUGAGUAUGACUGCACUUCAGUAAAUGUGCAAUGAUUCAAUUAAUAAAAUAAAUGUACUUAAUUCAGUAUGUUUCUGUUUCUGUCUGUCUAUUCUGU